AUGUUUUUCUUAUAUUGUCGACUAUGGGCAUUUAGUCCAUUUUAUUAUGAAUCAUCUUAUCCUACUUUGGAUAUUUUUGACUAUUCAUAUCUUUUUGAACCACGUCCAUUAUCCGUUGAUGAAUGUGCAUUAUUCAAAGUUUGGGGAAACAAUCAAUCGCCACCAAAACUUGUUCUCAAUUUUGAUCAAUUUAUCAAAAAUCUCAAGUCUCAAUAUGAAUAUGAUAUCUGGGGAAGUUAUAUAGAUUGGAAUCUAUUUGUUAUUGCUGGUGGUUCAAUCGUUUCAUGUUUACUUGUUCAACCUUUCACCGGAAAUACAUCUGAUAUCGAUUUAUUUUUUCUCAAAGAAAAUCCACGACUGUUCAAAAACGCCGUAAAUGCGUUAGAAACUAGAUUACAAACCAAAUAUUUUGUGCGACGCAAAACCAUUUGGUCAAAUAGAUUAAUUCAAUUUGAUUUAUAUCAAAGAUUUACCAUCAACGACAUUUUCAAUGGCACAAAUUUCUCUCCAUCGAUCGUUCUUCAACUUAUUCGUCCAACUAUGAUUCCUAUCACGAUCUCACGAAUGCUUCAUUCAUUCGAUCUUGAUAUAUGUGGAGCUGCAUUCAAUUCACAAAAAGUAAUUAUCUCAUUUAGUUGUUUGCAAGCAUUAAAUUCUGGUCAUACAACAUGCUAUUGUAUACCAGUUACUCCGUCGCAAUUCAUGAGAAGAGUUCCUCGUUUAUAUAAAUACCAACAACGUGGCUUCAAUAUUCUCUGUCCACAUCAAUUCGAUAUCAAUAAAUUUCUUGCUACACGUAUUGAAGAUUGCAAAGAAUCUCAGCCAGAACGAACAUACCGAUUUCAAAGACGAUUUUUUGGUGAUAACUGUGAUUCAUUUUGCAUACAAAAAAAGUUUUGCGAACAUUACAGAUUAAUUUAA